AUGCAUGUAACAAUAAACAUUCAAAAAAUUGGAACUUACACUAAACUUCCCGACAGGUCAACGAUUCCUUUCGGUCUUCCGCCUCUAUUGAAUGAAGAUGAGAACUUGUAUGGACUUUUGGAGGAUGAGUUAGACUUGACACUCGGAUUGGACGGAUACAAAGAUACUGGAUUCAAUGAUAAGUAUCACUCAUUUUUUGAUUAUAUGAAGAGAACUUACAAAAAAGGUUCUUCAUUGAAAGAGGCUAUCGGAGCAGAUUUCGUUUCCAAUCGUAGAAAUCUGGUGUCGAUCGCUAAAUCUCCAUAUGAAGUUAAACGCGUGGAAAUACAAGCAAUUCGAAAGAAUGGAGUCAUCUUUUUAUGUGACAAAAAAGAAGACAGCGAAGAUUACUCGCUACCUUAUGGUCACCGAUUCGAACGAUACCUCACUUUGGAUAAAUACGGAAAUCAACACAAUAAAUAUGAAACACUAACAACAGAUGAGUGCUCGAAAUGUGUUCUACGAACGACUUUAUCCUCAGGAAAAGAAACAAUAAAAUUGUUCUACUCAGCUGAAAUCGAUGCAAUCGAUAGAGAAGGAAAGUUUGUGGAACUGAAAACCACGUCAUACGGUCAUAUGAAAUGGUUGGAGAGGCGCAGUCUAGACCACUAUCUUCAAUCUUUUUUCGCUAAUGUUCCAUACAUCAUUUAUGGACAGAAAGCGGGUUACAGGAGUGAGCGAGUUUUCCGCGUUAAUAAAAAAUGGACGAACAGCAUUCCAAAUAGUGGUGUCAAUUGGAAGAAAGAGGUGUGCUUCAAUCAAUUAUUUCAAGUCCUCCAAAAGAUUAAAUCAAAACUGGAAUACGAUGAAGAAGCUCUUGUAUUGCAUAUUACACGCGAGGGACUGUUCUUUGAACCAGAAUGCUCAAAUAAUUGUACUUUCAUGGAACAAAGCUUUCUGGAUCAUUUCGAAUGA